UUUCUCGUCUGUGAUUAUCAGUUUGACAGCUGACAAGGGAAGUGAAUUGAUUUUUCGAAAAUGUCGUUGGCAGACAAGAUAACGAUGUUAAUGGCGCGCCCGGGGGGCGAGAAUGCCCAAAAAGAUGACAUCCCUUGGUGGAUGCGCUACGCUGGUCGAGGGCUGGGGACAGUUGGCAGUUUCAUCGCCAUAAUCCUCGGGCUGCUGAACUGCACGGGUAUCAUCUUCCUGAACGUGGGCUGCCUCAUCGCCGGCAUCUGGCAGAUGCUCGCCGGCUUCCUGGUGAUCGUGUGCGAGGCGCCGUGCUGCUGCUUCUUCAUCGACUACGUGCAGGUGCUGUCGGACAAGGUGGAAUCGCGCCCAUACUGGAACAAGGCCGCGCUCUAUAUGGGACUGGCCCUGCCUCCAUUCUUCUUAUGCUUCUUCGCGCUGAGCACGUGGUUCGGCAGCGGGCUGAUCUUCGCCACCGGCAUCAUAUACGGCAUGAUGGCGCUUGGAAAGAAGGCGUCAGUAGAUGACAUGAGGACGUCGGCUGCCAACCUGGAGGCAGGGUUGGGCCAGCCGACCUCGGCGCCGCGCGCCACCCUCGUCACAAACGAACAGCCUUUCAGCUUCACCGGACCCCCUGUCACCAAGUGAUAAAGACCUCGCUAAUGCGUCGCGGUUAGUAUGUUCGGAGACCUAGUUUUAUUGGUUCAUGUUUGUAAAUGAGUUGCUUCGGAGACCUACUUGUAGUGGUUUAUUAUUCAGCAGCGGUCCAGCUUCACUGGAUCCUCUUCCACCAUGUAAAUGUGGAAUUGGAAUAUGCUCUGUGGUUAGUUUAUUCGCGGAUCUAGUUAUACUGGUUGAUCUCUAUUGCACAUGCAAAUGAUCUCUGCAAAAUGAUGAUUUUUCCUUCCAUAAUUUACUGUAAGGCAGAUCGAAGCUGACUGCUUUUUUUAAAUAGAGAAGUAUUCCUUCAUAUUAAUUGUUAUUAAACAAAAACAGCUGAAUUUUUCCGUUUAUUUUUAACAUUGUGUGCCCAUUUUGGAAACUGUUUAAAUUAGUUUUAAACUGAAUAUAACAUUUUUAAUGUAUACCCGUCACGCCGGAUACACAUUAAGAGCGUCGUUGAGAGAACUGCAAAUUUUUAUACGUUAAAAACAAUAUCAUAUUAUAUUGUUUAAAAGAACGUAUUUCAUUGUUACGAGACCGGAUUCAGCUAGUUACCAAUAAAACGAAUGCAACACGACAUUAAUGUAAAUCCGGCUUAACAGUGUUCAAAAGACUCAGUACCCUCAAAACUUUAUUGCCUGUGUGAAUGUUGAAAGAUCAUAUUUAUUUUAUAAAAUAGAAAGUUAAUUAAUUUAUGAUAGUACUGAAUUAUUCAUAUUAUAUAUCGGACGCGUUGUUGUUACAUAUCCAAUCAUUUAUGUAAAAUCGCAUGUGUGUACUAUGUGAUUUUUCCAAAUGUGUUAUGUUUUUACUGCUCCAGCAAAAAAAAAAAGUAUAUAGCAACUUUUAAGAAUGCUGUGUUCGAUUGAAGAUAUCUCUCCAGAGUAACUUUGCCAAACCAGUUAUAUAUAUUGUCGCACCGCUUCGCUCCUACUAGCUAUAGGCUGUUCUUAUAGCACCGAAUUUUAAGUCAUGUUAUAGAUAAUAAUAUUCAUACUGCAUGGAACCGUUCGCAGCGUCGACAGGCUGGCACGUGCUAGAUUAGAAUGGCAAAAUAAUUGUAUUAGAAUUUUUUUCAAUACCGACUUUUUGGAUCCUGCGAAGACUUUCUGUAGUCAAAUCAAAUGUAAUCAGUUGAGAAGGUCCAGAUACAAUGUCCACUUUACGGCUACAUUGAAAGAUACACAUACACACAUACAUAUACAUAUAUAAAUAUAUACAUGUAAUAAUAUAAAUGUAUAUAUAUAAAAACAUGUGUAUCUUACAAUCGAAAUAUCGAGUCACUUAUUUUAACAGUAGUAUAUUUUCUUUCUUGUCUUAUUUUGUAAAUAAUAAUCAUCAGUUAAGUAAUAAAAAGAUUACAUUAUAAGAGAAGUAAGAAAUAAUAGAUAACAUUAAAAAAUAAUUGGUUGAAUAGAAAGUCAUUAUUUUAUCAGUAGAUUGUGCUCGUAUCUUAUCUAUAGCGUAAGACGUAGAUUUUAGAAUUACAUAUACUCAAUGUUACAUUUAUAUAUCUAUCAAUAGGUACCUACCACUUAUUUUGUUGUUGAUCCAAAACUGCAUGUUAAAUUAUUGAUGUACCUCCCCUCCACAUUUACUAAAUGAAAAGUACUCCGUUACUUCGAUGCCUCAUAGUGCCUUGCAUAAACUUUUUUUAAUUCCUCUACUAGCCCUUGACUGCAAUCUCACCGAUUAGGUAUAUG